GAAGUGUCUAUUUGUGCAGAGACGCGAGGUUGACGAAGUGGAGGCCGGUGCCCAGGGACGGGCUUGGAGGCUCCGGCGGCGGAGGGGACGGCUCCCGCGGUUUCCCUCUGCAAGGACACUGGUCCUAUUGGAUUUGAGGCCCUCCCUCCCUCUGGACAACCUCAUCUCCACUUGAUUCCGUCUACAAGACUCUAUUCCCAACAAGGUCCCAGGUCCAGGUAGAGGUGGGGCGACCUCUGAAAAUGCCCCGCUCCUUCCUGGUGAAGAGCAAGAAGGCCCACACCUACCACCAGCCGCGCGCCCAGGAGGACCCGGUCUGGCCCCCUGCCAUGGCCCCCGUGACCAGGGACCAGGUCCUGAGCAACAGCCCUGUGGUCAGCCCACUGCCCCCAGACCAAUACCUGGACUGGAACCAUGUCAAACAGGAGCCUACGCUGGAGCCCAGGCAGAGCUUGACCAGGAUGGCCUCGGCUCCAGAGGGGCCCGUCGUGCUGGCCCCACCCCAGGACAGGGACGCGCCACUGUCCGACUCACCCCCUUUCUAUAAGCCCAGCUUCUCCUGGGAUGCUCUGGCCUCGUCCUACGGCCACAGCUACCAGCAGGCCCCCUCCACCAUGCAGUCAGCCUUCCUGGAACGCUCUGUCCGGCUGUACGGCAGCCCCCUGGUGCCCAGCGCUGAGCCCCCCUUGGACGUCGGCCUGCGCUACUCCCCGGGCAUGGACGCCUACCACUGCGUCACCUGCAGCAAGGUCUUCUCCACUCCUCACGGGCUGGAAGUGCACGUCCGCCGCUCCCACAGCGGGACCCGGCCCUUCGCCUGCGACAUCUGUGGCAAGACCUUCGGUCACGCCGUAAGCCUGGAGCAGCACACGCACGUCCACUCCCAGGGGAUCCCAGCCCGGUCCAGUCCUGCGCCCAGCCUGGCUGUCCCGGGCGGCGAGGCCCCACCUGCGCCUGACCCCCUGGGGCCUCGUUUCCUCCGGCAGGAGCGCAGCUUUGAGUGCCGGAUGUGCGGCAAAGCCUUCAAGCGCUCGUCCACCCUGUCCACCCACCUGCUCAUCCACUCGGACACUCGGCCCUACCCCUGCCAGUUCUGUGGCAAGCGCUUCCACCAGAAGUCAGACAUGAAGAAGCACACCUACAUCCACACCGGGGAGAAGCCGCACAAGUGCCAGGUGUGCGGGAAGGCCUUCAGCCAGAGCUCCAACCUCAUCACGCACAGCCGCAAGCACACCGGCUUCAAGCCCUUCAGCUGCGAGCUCUGCGCCAAGGGCUUCCAGCGCAAGGUGGACCUGCGGCGGCACCGGGAGACCCAGCACAGCUUCAAGUGAGGCGUGCCCGCCUCCGGCUCUCGGGCAGCCUGCCUGGAGGUCCCCUCACCUCAGGCCAGCUUCAGGCCAGCCUCGCGCCCGCAGAUCCCCGGACUCCUGGAGGUUGCACUGACAGGACCCUCCGAACUUGUUUUGAGACUCAUGAAACUGCGGUGUGACCUCGGGCAAGUGACUUCUCCUCUCUGGACCAACAAGUCUCUUGCCACAAAGUGUGAGGGCUGGUCUGGGUCUUUCUGAGCUGAGGUUGUCCAUCGAUGUGCUCACCCCGAAAGAACCAGAAGGCUGGAACACCCACCCAGGAGGACGGACCCACGGCGGAAGCCUCCCCCUGCCUGCUGCCCGCUUGGAUGUGGCCACCGUAGAUUUCCAGGGACCCCUUUCUGGCUGCCACAGACGUUCAGAAUUGCCUCCUGCCCCAGGGGGAGACCAGGUGUGCUGGUUGCCCCCGACCGCCACCAACGCUCGACGGUCCACCAGGAUUCGGGUUUGGCGUCAGGCUGGGAAAUGGGCAGUGGCUGCCGUCAAAAGCCUG